AUGCCGGCCGACUCCGAGCCCGAGGGCGUCAUCUCGCUCCUGCGCACGCAGGCCAAGGUCGACGCGGUGUGCAAGAAGUACGGCGUCCCCAAGGACGAGUACACAGCACGCCCCGCCGGCGACCUGCGCGCGAGCUCGCGCCCGCCGCCGGGUGCCGUCUGCGUGUACGAGCACGCACUGGAGGCGGGGAUGCGCGUGCCUCUGCACGGCUUCUUCUCCGAGGCGCUCGCCCACUUCGGCCUCGCGCCGGCCCAGGUCGUGCCCAACGGGUGGCGCAUCAUGGCUGGAUUCGUCGUGCUCUGCCACUACGCGGGCGUGCCGCCGUCGCUACGGGUGUUCCGGCACUUUUACGGUCUGCGCAUCCUCAACCGGAAGGAGAAAGGCGGCUGGUACGGUUUCCUAUCCAAAGACACCUCCGGCCUGCACUUCACGGGGUUGCCGGAUUCCAUCAAGGGUUGGAAGGACAAUUUCUUCUUCCUCUCGUCGUCGACGCCGUGGCCUUGCCCGGUGCAGUGGGGCGAGCCGUCCAAGAGCUCCAACACGGUGCCAGUGCUCACCGGCGAGGAGAAGAGAUCGGCAGCUGUUCUGCUGCGUGCUCACGGCGGCGCCCCCGUUGAUAUCAGGACCUAUCUUAGCGACAACAGUCUUGCCGCCGCCAAGAUAUCUCUUGCAUCGCCGGCACCGACGCCGCCUUCCUGUACGCCUACUUCCGGCGGUUCCAAAUCCAAAGGGAUCUAUCCCUCCGUCUACGACAUGAUGAAAAACAUUCAGGCGGAAAAGGCGGCGGCCGCGCAAGCGUCGGCAUCGGCCAACAAGAGGAGGCUGGACGAAGCUGACGGCAAGGAAGUUAAAGGCCGCCCUCCUUCUGUUGUUGCAGUGAACACGCCUCCGCCCGCCCAUCGCCCUCCGGCGGGGGAGCCUUCCGACGUCGCCUCGCCGAGCUUCGUGGGUAUUUUCAAGGCCACGAACAACAUGAUAUCCUCAUUGGAGGAACAGCUGGAGCAGGCUAAGGGCGAGGUCACAGCGGUGAAGGCCGAGCUCGCGGCGUCCAAGCGUGCAGCAGCAGUGGAGCGGGAGAAGGCAAAGGCCGAGCUCGCCGCGGCCAAACGAGCAGCUGAGGCAGAAUUGGAGAAGGUGAAAGCUGAGCUUGCGGCCGCGAAGAAGGCAGCGAAGGCAGAGCGGGAGAGAGGUGACGCCGAAAGGGCAACGGUGCAGCAGCUCCUGGCGGGGCUCGAGCGCUUGAAGACUACCACGAGCGCGGCGCGGAGAACAUGA